AACCCCCGCCCCUCCCUUUCCCUCCGCAGAGCUGCAUUCCUGCUGCUACAUUGGAUUGAACCAUUCCGUGUUAGCCACGACACUUUAGCUUCACAACAGGUGGUCUGCUCCCUCUUGCUGCCAUGUUGGAUGUACGCAUCGCCGCUGCAGCUGCUGGAGUUUCCGAAUGAAAGUUGAGCGUUUAUCCGCAUACAGACACACAGCGAGACCUUAUUUUUUAUUCUAACACCAAACGGAGAAGUUAAGCUUCUGUCUUAAGCAGGAACAAGCCUGGAAAACACCCCCGUCCGCCUCCGCCCUCCAGCCGGGAGUCGGACUGAGCGGAGAUGAUCCGGUUGCAGGCCACAGCAACCGGAGCCCGCAUGGAUUUUCUGUAAUUAGCAGUGUUUGCUGAGUGUGUCCGGGGAUAACUGCAUCAUUUCGGGGUUAACUAGAAGAUUUCGGAGCCAUGAACAGUCACCCGCAGCACCGCAGGUCUGUGAACGUGGGCUCCAUCCUCCUGACCCCGCAGGAGAACGAGUGCCUGUUCGGCUACCUGGGCAGGAAAUGCGCCACUCUUUGUUCGGCGGUGGUCCAGGUGUACGGCACAGACCGGAGCUGUAGCUGGGUGAAGAGAUGCUGUGGAGUGGCCUGCCUGGUCAAAGACAACCCACAGAGGUCCUACUUCAUCAGAGUAUUUGACAUAAAGGAAGGUAAAACCAUGUUUGAACAGGAACUGUACCACAACUUCUCCAUCAGCAGCUCCAGAUCCUACUUCAUUUCAUUUACAGGAGAUACGUGUCAGAUCGGUCUGAACUUUGCCAGUGAAGAAGAGGCCAAAAGAUUCAGAGCCGCCAUCAACGACCUGCUCAACCGACGACAACGCAAAACCGAGAAGAGAGGUGACCCUAAAAAUGGUCCAGCUCUGCACAUGGCCACGGUGGACAUCAAGAACCCGGAGAUUAACAAUGUCAGAUUCCACAACUCCCACAGCCACCAGCAGCCAUACCACCUCAACAACAUGCUGAGCCACAGCGGGCUGACUCGCAAGGACAAGAAGACCAAAGGCAAGAAGAAGAAGCUGACCAAGGCUGACAUCGGCACGCCCAGCAACUUCCAGCACAUCGGUCACGUGGGCUGGGAUCCAAACACAGGUUUUGAUCUGAAUAACCUGGACCCUGAACUCAAGAACCUGUUCGACAUGUGCGGCAUCUCUGAGGCUCAACUGAAGGACCGAGAGACGUCCAAGGUCAUCUAUGACUUCAUCGAGAAGAAGGGAGGGGUGGAGGCCGUGAAGAAUGAGCUGAGGAGGCAGGCACCACCACCACCUCCUUCUCGUGGCGGUCCUCCUCCCCCUCCUCCACCCCCCCACAGCUCAGCUCCACCACCUCCUCCACCCCCAUCCAGAGGAGGCCGGGGAGCCCCUCCUCCCCCUCCUCCGUCUAGAGCCCCUGCUUCAGCCCCUCCUCCUCCACCUCCCUCCAGACCAGGAACUCUAGGUGCCCCACCUCCUCCACCUCCGCCCACACGGGGAGGUCACCAGCCUCCUCCUCCUCCCCACCAUCACCACCACCAUCACCAGCCUCCCCCUCCUCCUCCUCCAUCUUCCUUGCACUCUUCCGUUGCCCCCCAAGCCCCGCCCCCUCCACCUCCCCCAUUGGCCCAGCAGUCUCCAGUAGGCAGUGGUGGCGGAUCUGCUCCUACUCCGCCUCCUCCGCCUCCUCCUCCACCUCCCCCUCCUGGACCACCACCUCCUCCGGAGUUGGACGGUGUUGGUGGAGGCGGGGACUCCCCUCACUCGCCGAGCCCUGGCGGGAAGUCGGCACUGCUGGAACAGAUCAGAGGAGGAACCCAGCUGAAGAAGGUGGAGCAGAACAACCGAGCGCCAGCCUCCGGCGUGGGACGAGAUGCCCUGCUGGACCAGAUCCGACAGGGAAUCCAGCUCAAGAACGUGUCGGAUCAUCCAGAGUCCAGUCCUCUGACACCGGCUCCCACCGCGGGCAUUGUUGGCGCUCUUAUGGAGGUGAUGCAGAAGAGGAGCAAAGCCAUCCAUUCCUCAGACGAAGACGAGGAUGAUGAAGACGAAGAAGACUUUGAAGAUGAUGACGAGUGGGACGACUAGAGAUUUCUCUCCUCAACCACGCCCAGUCCCUCCACACCUACCGAUGACACUAAAAUAUCUUCUACAAAUCUUCCAGCAUCUGACUAAAAUUGUAAUGUAAAUGUUGUAUGAAUUGGCUGUAUAUUUAUUUUUUGCCUUUUUGCUUUUUGUUUUUUUAUGACUAUUAUAAUUAAUCUGUGCAAUACCUCAUCCGUUAAAUCUGUAACGUUUGUCACACAGCCUCAUCAUUAAAGACACUACACUUUCCCCGGGACAUUAGAAAGCACUUAACACCGCCAUCAGCACAACGUGGAGAUAGAGCCGGCUCCAUGUCAUUAUCAAUAAUCAUUUAUAUAAAACACUAGCUGCUCCACAAAGACAAAUCUGAACUGUCUUUGUGUGCUCCUUGGGAAAUGUUGUUUUUUUUUUUGUGUGUGUGUGGGUGUGUGCGUGUGUGUGUGUGUUCAUUUCUUCAUGUUUUCAUUCCUCGUCAAAGAGACUGAAAAGGGAGACGUACGUGCGACCAAACAGGCAGGAUCCUCUUUGUGUUUGACAGUGGUCGGUUUAAAUGCGAGAUAACACUAUUUUCUUACCGUGCUUCUUUUCGUACCUCCGAGUUUCCUAAUAAAUCGUAGUUUAGUUGUUAUUUUUUUCAUAAAUCCUUUGACCAAAAUGCGGCGCCGCAGUCGCCUCGUGGAUUUUCAACUUUUAUUUUUUACAAAAUUAAAGCCGUUUAUUUGCACACAGUUUAUAUGAUAGUUCAGUUUUGUGGGUUCUUUUUUUGGUUGUGUGUUACAUCGAAUAAUUUUUAUUUCAUUUCAAGCAGGUUACAGUGAUGAUGGACACUUUUAAAAAGGUUUUCCAUUAUCGUGACUACAAACAUGACUGGCGAUGUUUCAGUUACUGACUGACUUUGACUUAAUAUACACAUUAGCUCUCUCACACGUAAACACACACUGUGGCAUUUGUGAAAUGAAGUUUUGUUCUUAAUUGCUGGUUGGUUGUUUCUUUUCUUUUUCUUUUUUUUGUGACAUCAUUCCAUUAUUUCCUGCAGGAGGAAACGUCAACAGCGCUGUGGUCAGUAUUUCAAACAAAUAUCAC